AUGUCCAUCCUUUGCCUUUUCACAUCACCAGCCCAGCCAAAGGAAUUCGAGAUGGAAGCAGUAUCAAUAAUGGACGGAUCCAGCUUCCAACACAAUCUAGGUCAGGGCACCACAAAUCUCAGCAUGACUCCCACAAGUUCAAGCAGAGAAUCUGUGUUGAAGACCAUGUCCGAGUCGUCGCAGGCGUUCGAGAGCCCGUUCCGGUCGGUGUUCGACACGCCACAAUCAAGCGUAGUCGACAUGGUCCUCAGACAAGUACCACAACAGACACGAGUGGCCAGAUUCGUGGAGUGCGCCUGUGUGAGCGGCGGACCGUGUGUCGGAACGGGAGGUCAAGCGACGUGCAUCUGGAGUCUGACUCCUAACGAGGCAAAUGCAACAAGGAAAGCCGAAAAGAAGAGGUCCAUCAAGAAAGCUGCACAGGGUAUUGCCAAGGUGUUGAAAAGGGCAUGGAACAAACCAGUACGGGCGCUGAACAAUGCGACUGCUCGAGCAGUGAGGAAACAGAAAAAACAUUAG